AUCGAAAGAGAACAUUCUAAAAUGGGCAGGGUGAUGGUGGCUGUUUAGACAUGGUCUCACUGGUUUGCUUUACGGCUUCAGGUUUAUAAUCUUUCAAGACAGAAUAGUGUAUCUGUUGAAUAAUUUCAGAACAUCCGUAGUUGGACGCCAAGGCUUCACAGAUUGGGAGUAUGAAUUUGUUCUUUCUGAAAAUGUAUGUUCCUCUGUAUAGCCCUUAAUCUCAUUCCCUUUUUAGUGUCCCAGUGAAGACCUAGUUCUUCCCAGAGACAGUUCCACUCCAGAAGCACUUCCCCUAGAAGGACUUGCCAGGCCGGACGAUGCCCAUUGACAUAGGGCAGGCCCUAGGCCUGCCAUCACUGGCAAAGGCUGAGGAUACCCAGAUCUCUGGAUCAGAUGCUGCCCUUCAAGAGGAGUUCUCCAGCCCUGAGACCGCACGCCAGCUUUUCAGGCAGUUCCGUUACCAGGUGAUGUCUGGGCCCCACGAAACCCUGAGACAACUUCGGAAGCUCUGUUUCCAGUGGCUGCGGCCGGAGGUUCACACCAAGGAGCAGAUCCUAGAGAUCCUCAUGUUGGAGCAAUUUCUGACCAUCCUGCCUGGGGAGAUCCAGAUGUGGGUGCGGAAACAAUGUCCAGGCAGUGGAGAAGAGGCAGUGACUCUUGUGGAAAGCUUGAAGGGAGACCCCCGGAGACUGUGGCAGUGGAUCAGCAUCCAAGUUCUAGGACAGGAAAUCUUAUCGGAGAAGAUGGAAUCUCCAAGCUGCCAAGUGGGGGAAGUGGAACCCCAUCUCGAAGUAGUGCGUCAGGAGUUGAGACUUCAGAAUUCACCCUCAGGACCUGGAGAGUUUCUGAGUCACAUCGUGAAAGAGGAAUCUGACACAGAACCAGAAUUAGCUCUGGCUGCUCCCCAGCUUCCUGCACGACAUGAGGAAAGGCUCAUCAGAAGCCAGGACUUCGGAGCCUCACUUCUCCCAGUAGCACCUCAGGAGCAGUGGAGACACCUGGAUUCCACUCAAAAGGAGCAAUACUGGGAUCUCAUGCUGGAGACCUAUGGGAAAAUGGUCUCAGGAGCAGGCAUUUCCAAUUCCAAACCUGACUCGACUAAUUUGACAGAAUAUGGGGAAGAGCUGACAGGACUGCACUUUAAUGUCAUUGAGAAGAUUCCAAGACCCACUUGCGUAGGAGAUAGACAAGAGAAUGACAAAGAGAACCUAAACUUGGAAAAUCAUAGGGACCAGGAACCUCUGGAUGCCUCCUGUCAGGCCUCAGGAGAGGCACCUUCUCAGGUUUCCUUGAGGGGCUUCUUCAGCGAAGAUGAACCAGGAUGCUUUGGAGAAGGAGAGAAUCUCCCUGAGAUUCCACAAAGCCUUCAAGAUGAAGGGAUGGGGGGACAACUCUCUUCUCAAGAAAGGAAUUCUGGGAAACAAUUAGGUCAGCAUUUGCCUAAUCCCCAUUCGGAAGAACUGUCCACUAUGUGGCUUGAGGAGAAGAGAGAGACCUCCCAGAAAGGGCAGCCAAGAGCCCCCAUGGCCCAGAAGCUCCCCACCUGCAGGGAAUGUGGGAAAACCUUUUAUAGGAAUUCUCAGCUUGUUUUUCACCAAAGAACUCACACUGGAGAGACAUACUUUCAGUGCCCCAUCUGCAAAAAGGCCUUUCUGCGGAGUUCAGACUUUGUGAAGCAUCAGAGAACUCACACAGGAGAGAAACCCUGUAAAUGUGAUUAUUGUGGGAAGGGCUUUAGUGACUUCUCAGGAUUGCGCCACCAUGAGAAAAUCCACACAGGAGAAAAACCCUAUAAAUGUCCCAUCUGUGAGAAAAGUUUUAUUCAAAGAUCAAACUUUAAUAGACAUCAGAGGGUUCACACAGGAGAGAAACCUUAUAAAUGUUCCCACUGUGGGAAAAGUUUCAGCUGGAGCUCAAGUCUUGACAAACAUCAAAGAUCCCACUUAGGAAAGAAGCCUUUUCAAUAGCCUAUGCCAGAUUCUCUUAGCCCAUUUUUAUCUUCUAGUCCUUUAAAAAAAAAUACUCAACUCUGAUGAGGAGUUGCAUCUCUGAGUGGAUAUCUCUCUUCUCUCUUUUUUCAUGGAUUGGAGAGGAGAGAAGCUGGAAAUGAUGGUACACCUGGAGGAUUUAUUGGAUUGGAAUUCUUGAUGGCUUAAUUUUUUGUUUCUGCAUCAGGAGAGAGAAUAUUCUUCAUGUUUCAGCUCAUAUCUCCUUUUGGACCCAUACAGGAAAAAGUCUCAAUUUGAGAGCCAGUUUUAAAAAUGCUAUCUGGGUUAUGCGCGGUGGCUCACACCUGAAAUCCCAGCACUUUUGAAGGCAGAA